AAAGAAACAAAGAAAGAAAUAAUACAGGAAGCGAUGAGUGGUGUUUUUGUCUCCAGGUUGAGGGAAUAUACAGACAGAAUCCUCCUCAUCUCUUGUGUUGAAUAAAAUAGAGAGAGGUGCUGCAGAGACAGAGAGGCACAGGGAAGGAAGGAAGGAAGGGUGAGGUUUUGAGGUCUGUGGGUUGAGACAUGGACGUCCUCAGUCUCAAAGUGUCUUCCUCAGCGGCCUUUUCAAAUGAUAACCUCCGAAUCCCACCACUUUCAAAGUCAUCAGCAGCAGCAGGAGGAGGCCUUAGACGCAGACUUGCAGCAGCAGGCAUUGGGAAUGCAGGCAAACAAUUCAGUUUCAGUUUCAGGCACAAGGCUAAGGCUAAGGCCCUGCAUACUAGAAUCUCUGCAAAAGUUGCCAAUGAAGAUAAACCAGAGUCUAGAUCAACAGUGAAAGAGAAGAGCGUGUCGGUGAUUCUUUUGGCUGGAGGGCAGGGCAAAAGGAUGGGUGCCACCAUGCCAAAGCAAUAUCUUCCCCUUUUAGGCCAGCCAAUUGCUUUAUACAGCUUCUACACUUUCUCCCAAAUGAUUGAAGUAAAGGAAAUAAUUGUGGUUUGUGAUCCCUCCUACAAGGAUGUUUUUGAAGACGCCAAACAUAAGAUCCAGAAGGAACUUAAAUUCACACUACCAGGGAAGGAAAGACAAGAUUCGGUUUACAGUGGGCUCCAGGCAAUUGAUUUGACCUCGGAGCUUGUUUGUAUCCAUGAUUCUGCUAGACCUCUGGUAUCAUCAGGAGAUGUAGCGAAGGUUCUCAAAGAUGGUUGCUUAAAUGGUGCAGCCGUACUUGGUGUUCCAGUAAAAGCUACAAUCAAAGAGGCAAACAGUGAGUCUUUUGUAGUCAAAACCCUUGACAGGAGAACGCUUUGGGAAAUGCAGACACCCCAGGUGAUCAAACCUCAGUUGCUCAGAGAGGGUUUUGAGCUUGUCAAUAGAGAAGGGCUUGAAGUGACUGACGAUGUGUCUAUUGUUGAGCACCUUAAGCAUCCCGUGUACAUCAGUGAAGGAUCUUAUACCAACAUCAAGGUGACAACGCCGGAUGAUUUAUUACUUGCGGAAAGAAUACUGAGUAUGAACUCAGGAAAGUCUUCUCCUGAAUAGUCUCCGUGUACUGAUUUUGUGCUAGCGCUUGUAGUUUUGUUCUUCUUUCCUUUCCCUUGUGGAGGCCGAACUAAAGCCGAAAAUUAAUUUAAGUUCAAAAAAUGGUCAUUAAAGGGGAUGAGAUUUUUGUGCCA